AUGUGCAUCAAUUUGGAGACAACGAACAAUAUUAAACCUAACCACAUUGAUGAGAAGUCUGUCUCCUUUAAUCGUAUAAAGUUGGCAAUUUCUAAACAAAGCCAAACCGAACAUCAAGAUAACAAUAACCGCUCAUUUAACGAUCUUCAAGUGGCCGAGUUUAAAGACACCUACGCUUCUCUUCAGACAGAACCAAAUUUAGUGCCCGCACCAGAUAUUAGCGGUACCAAUGUUUCUUUUAUGGCAGAGAAUAAUCGAGAAAUUAGUUGUAACAGUGCCGAGUGUCACAUACCUGUUAUUAACAAUCAAUGUGCUGCCUUAUUGCGAAGUCCAACUGAAUGUUCUCAACCGAGCGAAAAUGAUAGCCUAUCACAUAAAGGGCCUAAAUCAACCAAGCAUACAACAACAUACACUAAAUCGAAAUUACUUAAUCCAGAAGGAAUCACGCAUUACGUCGGCAAGCCAAGUAAACACUACGAUAAACACCAUAAACUAAGUUAUUCUGAUUGGAUAAGUCGACUCCCUUUGAUUGAGCAGUUUCCUAAACAGCUAAACCAACAUGAUGAAAUAAAAGGCAAAGCGAACAAACAAGGAAAAACUCAUUUUAAGAUAUUACAGAAUGGACUCGCGAAACCCCCACGAUCGCAAAAGGGUAUUCAUUUCCUUCUGAUGCGUACACCUGUUACUCCCCCAAGAGGAGUAGCACAUCAAAAUUUUCGGACACGGCGUUCGUACCACCGUGCUCCGGAUUGGUACAGACAUUUAGAUCUGGUCAGCCGGAUAACCAGAAUGAAACAUUGCCGUCCUAUACUAUCCCCGUCCGAGUUUCCCAUCGUUAUACGAGAGUGA